AUGCUUUCCUAUUUUUAUUUCUUUAUCACUCUCAUUAGCUUUGCCUGGGCAUCUCCAUACGAUCCCCGGGAGCUCGACUAUAAUCUUAAUCAGAAUCAGUCAGCAGUUUCGCCCUUGGACUACUGGGGGUCAUGGGACAAUCAUACAUUCAACCCUUCACCACGAAACUGGAGGUUUCCUUUUUAUACAUUUUUCCUUGACAGGUUCGCGAAUGGUGAUCCCACGAACGAUAACGCCAACGGCACUUCGUUCGAGCAAGAUAUCUUCAGCAACCAGUUCCGCCAUGGUGGUGAUGUCUCUGGUCUACGAGAUUCGCUUGAUUACCUUCAGGGGCUAGGAAUAAAAGGCUUGUACAUUGCCGGCUCUGCCUUCAUUAAUCAGCCUUGGACAGCCGAUUCCUUCUCCCCAAUUGAUCUCACCGUACUCGACCACCACUAUGGAACGAUACAGGAGUGGAGAGAUGUGAUCAAGGAGAUCCACAGCCGUGGAAUGUAUGUCGUGCUCGACAACACGUUUGCGACCAUGGGAGAUCUGGUUGGCUUUGAAGGGUACCUGAACGACACUACACCUUUCACACUCAAGGAACACAAGACUGUUUGGAAGAGUGAUCGUCGGUACCUUGACUUCGAUAUCGGCAACAAUUACAAUGAGACUUGCCAGUAUCCCAGAUUCUGGAACGAAACCGGAUUUCCAAUCGAGAAGUCGUACACUGAUCAGAUGAAGGGUUGCUACAACUCUGACUUCGACCAGUAUGGCGACACUGAAGCUUUCGGAGUCUAUCCCGAUUUCCAACGUCAACUGACCAAAUUCGCUUCCGUCCAAGACAGACUGCGCGAGUGGGUCCCUUCAGUCAGACGGCGCAUCCAGCAUUUUUCUUGCAUCGCGAUCAAUAUGCUUGACAUCGACGGUUUCCGUUUUGACAAAGCCACUCAGGUAACCGUUGAUGCGCAAGGAGAAUUUGGCAAGCAUAUCCGUGAGUGCGCUCGAAAGUUGGGCAAGGAGAACUUCUUCAUGCCUGGCGAAAUCACGGGCGGUAAUUCCUUUGCUUCAAUCUACCUUGGAAGAGGUCGACAACCAGACAUGCUCCCGGCCAAUUUGUCGUCUGCUGUCGCUCUUACAAGCCAGUCCAACGACAAGUACUUUAUUCGAGAAAAUGGAAAGAGUGCGCUCGACGCUGCGGCCUUCCAUUACACCAUAUAUCGUUCGCUCACUAGAUUCCUUGGCAUGGACGGUAAUUUAAAAGCGGGCUAUGAUGCACCACUUAACUGGGUUGACGCAUGGAACACGAUGAUCAUGACUAACGACCUUAUUAAUGCAAAUACUGGAGUUUUCGAUCCGCGACACAUGCAUGGUGUGACCAAUCAAGACGUGUUUCGCUGGCCUGCUAUCACGAAUGGAACGGAAAGGAUGCUGUUGGGCCUUUUUAUAACUACCAUUCACCUUCCCGGCAUUCCUAAGUUGACUUGGGGAGAGGAGCAAGCCUUUUAUGUUCUCGAUAGCACUGCCAGCAAUUACAUCUACGGCCGACAGGCGAUGACCAGCUCAGUCGCAUGGCAGAUGCACGGCUGCUAUGCUCUCGGAUCCACGCAGUACUAUCAAAUGCCUUUGAACGCUACACGACGUGGUUGUGAGGACGACAAUGUCAGCCUCGAUCAUCGUGAUUCCUCACACCCUGUCCAUAAUAUCAUCAAGCAUAUGUACUACCUGCGUGAGAAAUACCCAGUGCUUAAUGAUGGGUGGUUCCUCCAGCAGCUAUCUAACCAGACCUAUGAGGUUCAAUACCCUGGUAGCUCUGGUGUUGAGACUGAAACUGGUAUUUGGAGCGUUGCUAGGGGAGAGUUCGCUGGCGCUCAGAACCUCACUGGACCUUCAUUAGUCUGGUUGGUAUACAGUAACAAGAAUGAUUCUUCGACGUAUACAUUCGAUUGCUCCGACAAAACCAAAGCGCUCAUCGCCGCAUUCGACGAGGGCACCACAGUCAAGAAUCUCUUCUACCCCCACGACGAAAUCACGCUCAAGUCUUCGCCCGCUGCACUUGGAUUUGGGGGAUCUACGAAGAACAACGGAUGCAUCGACAGGGUUGACAUGAAGUCCUACGACUUCCGAGCCUAUGUCCCCAAGGACCAGUUCAUCGCGCCUCCUCCGAUGAUUACCCGUUUCGUACCUGGUCACGACAUGAGACUCGUCUCCAAAGUUGCCCCAGGUAAUCAGGAAGAAAUCGACAUUGAGAUCCAUUUCACUGCCGAGAUGAACUGCAACAACACCGCCUCCGUACUGGAAAUCAACUCGAGCACGGAAGAUCGUCGGAUCCCUCAAGUGGACUACGGUACCAUCCAGUGCAUUAAAACGGACGCUAAUGGCACUGAUGUCCCAGGAUAUAUCGGCAGCAUACCUACUGCAUGGACCUUCAAGGCGAAGCUGAAGAACGUUUCUAACGGUAUCCACACAGUCACCGUACGCAAUGCGACAACACCAGAUGGAGCUUUCACAAACUCGGCCGACAAGUUCAUGUUCCGCGUCGGGCAGUUAGAUAACCCGAUGAUUUUCCCUAGGACAGCCAACUACACUAGAGCAUUGAUCCAUAAGAACACAGAAAACAACACAUUGUGGAUCUCGCACAAGGCCGCUGGUGCAGACAAGUGGCGCUAUUCGAUGAACUGGGGCUCGUCCUGGAGCAACUGGGCCGAAUACCACGGAGGUAACAAUACUCUCGAGGAACAAGCGUGGUCUGGUACCAAGAAGCAAGAGUGGGAAGACGAGCACAUCAUCGCACAGUACUGGAGUAAACUGGCUGGUAGCAGUGCAGUCAUCCAACAUGCCGAUCUUGGUAGAGAAAACGAGCCCCCACGCCGCUUUCCCCACAUGUUUGCUCAUGGACCAUUUAAUCAGUACGGCUUUGACGCCGGUCUCAAAAAUCAACUGAAAUUAGGAUCUGAUGGGCAGUGGAAGUUCCAUUUCAUGAGCGAGUGGCCAGAUAUGUUCCAACUCAAUGUAUGGGGCAUGAAUCCAGACGGACAGCCGGAUGCCACAGGCGUUUACGGAGACAUCAAUGAGGAUGGCAUUCUUGAUCGCUUACCUCCCAGCUCACUGUCAAAACUUGCCAUCAACGUUACUAAUGUGCCUCCGUCGCCAUACCUUGCAUACGAGCUUCACCUAAACGAUGGAACGUACCGAUAUAAGCUCGUUCCCGUCGGAAACAUACGGCACCAACUCGUACUCUACAUCUCCCUCUUACUUGUACCCAUGCUGUCUGCCAUCCUGGGAGUUUGGCUGUAUAUGCGUGCGUUCUACGGUGUCAAGUUCAACGAGACUGGUGUUGCGAUAAAAUUCUCCCUGCUCUGGCUACCAUUCUUCGGUAACAAGAAAGCAAAUGACAGCGAUGACGAUGAUAUGCUCACCGAAGUCGAUGCCACUCCCGCUACUCUCAUGACGGAUAAGCGACGAUGUGUGCUCAUCGCUACCAUGGAAUAUGAUAUCGAAGACUGGGAGAUCAAGAUCAAGAUUGGAGGUCUCGGAGUCAUGGCUCAGCUCAUGGGCAAGAAUCUCGAACAUCAAGACCUUAUCUGGGUCGUUCCCUGUGUUGGAGGCGUUGAGUACCCACGGGAUCAAACUGCUGACUCGAUGGACGUUAAUAUCCUGGGAAACAGCUAUGAAGUGCAAGUCCAGUACCACGUUCUCCGCAACAUCACUUACGUGCUUUUGGACGCCCCUGUCUUUCGCAAACAAACAAAGUCCGAACCAUAUCCUCCGCGUAUGGACGACAUGGACAGUGCUAUCUACUACUCUGCAUGGAACCAAUGCAUUGCGCAAACACUUGAGCGCUUCCCCGUCGAUCUGUACCACAUCAACGACUACCAUGGUGCAGCUGCGCCGCUCUAUCUGCUCCCUAAAACCAUCCCCUGCUGCUUGUCUCUGCACAAUGCCGAAUUCCAGGGUCUUUGGCCCAUGCGCACCGUUUCCGAAUGCGCCGAGGUGUGCAAAGUGUUCAACCUACCGCAGAAGAUAGUCGAAGAGUAUGUUCAAUUCGGUUCCGUAUUCAAUCUACUCCAUGCCGGUGCUAGCUACCUCCGUGUUCAUCAAAGAGGUGUUGGCGCCGUCGGCGUCUCCACGAAAUACGGUAAGCGGUCGUGGGCACGUUACCCCAUUUUCUGGGGACUUGCGAAAAUUGGCCCUCUGCCCAAUCCCGAUCCUACCGAUACUGAAGCGUGGAACAAGAAGGUGUUGAAGGACGAGGACAUCCAGAUCGACGAGGCCUUUGAGGCCGCCAGACCUGGCCUCAAGCGACAGGCGCAAGAGUGGGCCAACCUAGAGCAGAAUCCAGACGCGGAGCUGUUUGUCUUCGUCGGUCGUUGGUCCACUCAGAAAGGUGUUGACUUGAUUGCGGAUAUCUUCCCUUCCAUCUUGGAAGAAAACCCAACCGCCCAAUUGAUCUGCGUUGGCCCAGUUAUCGACCUUUAUGGGAAAUUUGCAGCGCUCAAGCUGAGUAAACUUAUGGUCAAGUAUCCUGGAAGAGUCUUUUCCAAGCCCGAGUUCACUGCCUUGCCUCCGUACAUCUUCAGCGGUGCUGAAUUUGCUCUCAUUCCCUCUCGCGAUGAGCCUUUCGGACUUGUCGCUGUCGAAUUCGGACGAAAGGGCGCUCUUGGUGUAGGCGCUAGAGUCGGUGGCCUUGGGCAAAUGCCCGGAUGGUGGUAUACAGUCGAAUCGACCACCACUACCCAUUUGCUAAAGCAGUUCCGCGGUGCAAUUGAAUCAGCGCUCGCAUCCAAGCAAGAAGUCCGCAGAGUGAUGCGCGCUCGUUCAGCGAAACAGCGCUUUCCAGUCCAGCAAUGGAAAGAAGAUCUAGGCAUUCUACAAAGCAAGGCAAUCAAGAACCACGACGCGGAAGCCCGCAAAUGGCGGUUCUGGCCUCAAUCGACAACCAGUGCGUCUCGAGCCACAUCAACUAUCUUCGGAUCUAGGGCGUCAAGCUCCCGCUCAACAGUAGAUGUCAACGGUAUCCCCAUGCCCAGGAGUAGGCAAGGCCUGCCCCCCUCGGGGCUUGGAAGGAUGCUAUCACUGGGUCGCAGGAAGGGACCAGGUCAUGUCGACGGGGACGAGGACGAAGAAUGUGAUUUUGUUGAUGCUAACGCGCCAGCACGCACUGACGAGUACAUUAUAGGGGAGGAAGAAAUUGAAGUUAUUCCUCGACAAUUCCACGAAGGCCGUCCCGUGCCAGCUGCACCAUUUGCCGACCUUUCCCCUCCUCUCCAAAGCCCUUGUCACAGUCCAGCUGUUUCCAUCUCCGAUAGCGGCUUCAAUUUCUCAACUCUUACACCACCAACGCCAAUGUAUAUGCAGACCGCUUCCAGUCGAUCCUCUUUGCUCGAGAUCGACGUCAUCGUUGGUGACAAGACCGAUUUUAAUCUCCAGAAAGUCGAUCCUUUCUUUACCGACUCAAACGGCGAGUUCUACGGUAUAUUUGAAAAGAAGCUCGCUGGACUAAACGGCAAAAAUUCAGUCUCGGAAAUGUGUAUCGAGGAAUUCAUUGUACAGAGCGAAAAGCAGUGGUUCGACAGAUUCCGCACCGCCAAACUGAACUGGAUGCCCCCUUCGAGUUCGGCCUCGAGUACAAUCGCUCCAUCUCGACCAAAUUCUCGGGCCGGAACAACCGUGACGGCUGAAGAGCUCAACGACAAGGACGAAUUCCUUCUUGGAGUGGAUUACAAGCCACCAAGAGGAUUGAAGAAGUACAUGCAGUACAAGUGGGGCGACUGGCCGUUCUACUCCUUCGUUCUCGCCAUUGGUCAAAUUAUUUCAGCCAAUUCGUAUCAAGUCACUCUUCUCACAGGCGGUAUUGGUCAACAAGCAACCAAGCUGUACGCAAUUGCGACAGUUUAUCUCGUAACGUCUUGUAUAUGGUGGCUGUUGUUCCGUCGCUUAAAAUCUGUCUAUGUUCUUUCUAGCCCAUUCGUUAUCUACGGCAUUGCCUUUUUCAUUCUGGGUAUGUCGCCUUUGGCUCCUACCGCUACGGGACGCUUUUGGGUUCAAAAUGUCGCGACUGGUUUAUAUGCAGCCGCGUCAUCCAGUGGAUCUCUCUUCUUUGCUUUGAACUUCGGCGACGAAGGCGGUGCCCCUGUCCGAGAUUGGGUCUUCCGCGCCUGUGUCAUCCAAGGAACCCAGCAACUUUACGUGACCGCACUCUGGUACUGGGGAAGCCUUCUCACAUCCACGAGCUCAGCAACCUACAAAGGCUACGCUGCUAUGGUCACCUCUCCCAAACUCGCCGCCGUUACCGUUCCUCUCGCUGUUGUAAUGUGGAUCUUAGCCGGCAUAAUCCAAUUCGGCCUCCCCGACUUCUACCGCCAGACACCCGGUUCAGUCCCUUCGUUCUACACCUCCCUCUUCCGCCGCAAAAUCGUCGUCUGGACCUUUGCCACCGUCCUUAUCCAGAACUACUUCUUGUCCGCUCCAUACGGACGCAACUGGCAAUACCUCUGGUCCUCCAAAGUCGCGCCGACAUGGGCUAUUCUCCUCCUUGUUGUCCUCUUCUUCGUAGUGCUUUGGGGAGUCUUCCUAUCCAUAUUCGCCGCACUCAGCACCCACCACUCCUGGAUCCUCCCUAUCUUCGCCAUCGGCCUCGGCGCCCCACGCUGGUGCCAGAUGCUGUGGUCCACUUCUUCCAUCGGCCUCUACCUCCCCUGGGCCGGCGGUCCCGUCUCCUCCGCCCUCGUCGGCCGCACACUCUGGCUCUGGCUCGGCUUGCUCGACACAGUCCAAGGAGUCGGUUUUGGGAUGAUCUUCCUACAAACGCUGACGCGCCUCCACGUCACCUUCACGCUCCUUGCUGCCCAGGUGCUCGGGUCCAUUGCCACGAUUCUCGCGCGUGCUACCGCACCUAAUGCGAUUGGGCCGGGCGACGUGUUUCCGGAUUUUUCGGCGGGGAUCCAGCAGGGCCUGGCGAGGCCGUGGUUCUGGGUUGCACUUUUGUUGCAAAUUACAAUUUGUGUUGGUUUCUUCAAGUUCUUUAGGAAAGAACAGUUAAGUAAGCCGUAGUUGUGACGGCCUCCUUGUAUAUUGUUGUACUACACCUGACUGGUCUUUUG